UCAAGAAAACGAGUCUAUAGCGAACAUAUUUCCUCAAAGUGAGAGUGUUAGUAUGCUAACGAUCAACUUAUUACUGGCGGCCGGAGCUCUUUUUUGGAUAUAUUUCUUAUGGAGUCGCCGAAGGCUGUAUUUGCUUAUGCUAAGGAUGCCCGGACCCAUAGGGCUGCCCAUUCUUGGUAGUUCCCUCGAAAAUAUCAUCACCUAUAAACGUAAACUAAGCUUUCGAACAAAGUAUUUGAAUAAGUACGGCUCGACCAUUUUGACGUGGAUGGGUCCGGUGCCAUUUAUAGUGACACGCGAUCCGAAGAUUGUGGAGGAUAUCUUCUCGUCCCCUGAUUGCCACAAUAAGAGCCAGCAUAUUGUGAAUGCGAUAACUUCCUGCAUGGGAAAUGGAUUGUUGGGGAAACAAGAUCCCGAUUGGAUUGAUAGGCGCAAACACUUUAAUCCGGCGUUCAAACACGAUCUUCUGCUUAGCUUCUUUCACAUUUUCGACACCGAGACAAAAAUUCUAAUGAAUGUUCUGGAUACUUAUGUCAACCAGGGUGAAACAGAUGUGGUUCCAGAGAUGCUCAAAUGGUCCUUCAGAAUAGCUGCUCAAACCACAAUGGGUUCUGAGGUUCAGCAUGAUGAACACUUCAAAAAUGGCAGCCUAGUGGAAUGCUUCGAAUCGCUAAUAUCGCAUUCCACUCUCAAUAUAUUGAUGCCCUUGGUUCAAAACAAAAUAAUUUCGAAACUAUGCAGCUAUGAUAAACUACGAGCUGAUAACUUUUCUAGAAUUCAAAAAAUGUUGGACAACGUGGUUAAUAAAAAGGUCACCCUGUCGCCAGAGAGCGAUUCAGAUCCCGAAAUGAACAUUGUGAUAAAUCGGGCAAUGGAGUUAUACCGCAAGGGCGAUAUUUCCUAUAUGGACGUGAAGAGUGAAUGUUGUAUUAUGAUUGCCGCCGGUUAUGAUACAUCAGCUCUUACAGUGUACCACACUCUCUUUCUCCUGGCCAAUCAUCCUAAACACCAGGAUGUGGUUUUUGAGGAGCUUUGUGCUGCCUUCCCAGAGACCGGAAACUUUGAAAUAACAUACCCGGAUAUACAAAAGCUGGAUUAUUUGGAGCGCGUGAUAAAGGAGACCCUACGCCUAAUUCCUGCCAUUCCCAUAACAGCAAGGGAAACGAAGAAUGAUGUUCGUCUCUCGAAUGGAGUUCUCAUUCCCAAAGGAGUGGUCAUCGGCAUCGACAUGUUUCACACUCACAGAAAUCCCGAAGUCUGGGGCCCAGAAGCAGACAAAUUUAACCCCGAUAAUUUCUUGGCGGAAAACAUGGAGCUCAGGCACCCAUAUGCCUACAUUCCAUUUGCGAGAGGAAAGAGAAAUUGCAUUGGGUCAAAAUAUGCGAUGAUGUCUUCAAAGUUCGCUCUAUGCAGAAUACUCAGGAACUACAGGAUUAGCACCAGGUUUCUCUACAAGGAUCUGGUGUAUGUGGACAACAUGACCAUGAAACUGGCUGAGUAUCCUUUACUUAAACUUCAGCGACGCACUUAGGUUUCUAUUCCUAUUGCUUCCACAAAAUAAAAUAAAUAAUAAUAAUUAAAUAAA